UGACAGGCCAGCCUUGUGCUCCGGCGGACGGCAGCUGUUUCCGACCGGGAGGUGAAGUCGGCUGUGGGAUUUCACCUUCAUACUGCCUCCUGACGGGGACAUUUAGCCUCCAAUGUUUAAGGCAAAACGUGUACCUUCCAUGAUUUAGCAAACCACUGUUGACCAAAUACUGCCCUCAGAAUCUGGAGCAUCUGGAAAGAAAAGCAAACAAAAUCGAAAUGAAUAUCAAUUCCUGGUUGAUUACCUUCGCACUUCUCUGCAGGCAGGUAAUGGCACAAUGCGCCGAACUUCCUCCCUUGUCUGACCUGAGGCUCAUAUCUACCCUUCCCGACCCAUUCUCAUGGUAUCCUUUAUCCAAUCCCGACCGGGUCGCCACAAAGGAAGAAUGGGAAUGUCGCCGACAGCACAUCAGCAGUCUCCUUCAACAGCUCGAGUUAGGCACGAAGCCUCCUGUUCCUGCAAAUGCGACCACCUCCUUUUCGCAGAAUAAGCUCUCUAUUACUGUAUCCGAAGGUUCCAAACGCAUCACGUUCGAUGUGACCAUCGACCUUCCCUCCGGUGGUGGCGAAGGACCCUUCCCGGCGAUGAUCGCCUACGGGGGGCUGAGUCUUCCUCUCUCGUCCGGCAUCGCAACUAUCACAUUCGAUAACGGACUCAUCGCCCAGCAAACCGACCAGUCCAGUCGCGGAAAAGGUCUCUUCUACGAUCUCUACGGCAGCGACCACAGCGCCGGCGCACUGAUGGCGUGGGCAUGGGGCGUUUCCGUCCUCAUCGAUGCGCUGGCAUCUACUCCUUCAGCUCGUAUCGACACCACAAAGCUCGGCGUCACUGGGUGUUCGCGCAACGGCAAGGGUGCUCUGGUAGCUGGGGCGUUUGAUCCUCGAAUUGCUCUGACGGUGCCGCAGGAGUCUGGGGCUGGUGGAUCAGGGUGUUGGAGACUCUGUGAGACUGAGAAUGCUGGGUCCGGGGAUGUUCAGACAGCGAGGCAGAUCGUACAGGAGAAUGUCUGGUUCUCGACUGACUUUGAUGAUUAUGUGGAUCAGGUUGAGAGUCUGCCGUUUGAUCAUCAUAUGCUGGCUGGGUUGGUUGCGCCUAGGGCCCUUCUGUCGGUGGAUAAUGUGGGAUAUGAGUGGUUGGGUCCGUGGUCUUCGUUGGGGUGUAUGGGCACAGCGAGACGGGUUUGGGAGGCCCUGGGGGUGUCGGAUCGUAUGGGAUAUUCGAUGUCGACGGAUCAUUCGCAUUGUCUAUUCCCGGAUCAGCAGAGGGAAGAUCUGGAUGUGUUUGUGAGGCGGUUUUUGCUGGGCGAGGAUGCCAAUACCACGGUGGAGAAGAAUUACCCGGGGAUUGAGUUUGAGAGCGAGAGGUGGGUGGAUUGGGACGUGCCGGUGUUGCAGUAGGAUGAAUUCAUAUUUGAUAUCGGAGUGUUGUAGAAUUCAUGGGGAGUUUUGUUGGAGACUCACCGAGUCUUGACUAACGAUGACCCUCCUUGCAUGACGCCCCAUUGCACUAAGCGCGGCAGCCCACAUCGCCCAGUCCACAGCGGGGGAGUCGAAC